ACCGAUUAUAGUUAGGUUGCAUAACGUUCGUUUAUGUUAUUGUUUUUUAUGUGCAUUCGAACAGAUAUUUCAUGUGGCGGGAAUGUGUCACAGUAUUUUGGGUUUCAAGAGUCAACAGUCAUGCCUUUGUGUUUUGCGUUGGAAAAGGAUUGCAGAUGAGAAUGCCUCGUGGUGUAACUCCAACAAGAGUGCGUAGAAGACAGAGUGAUGCUAAAUGGCGGGCCAGUGUUGCCAUGUGCUACAAUGUGAUGAAACAUGUUAUACCACACUCUAAGAGAUAUAGCAAAGCAUCUAAACGAAAACUAUCAAAAGCUUUAACCCUGAAGGAAACAGAACGACAUAUUGUAAGCUUGGAGCGGAACUUGAGAGAUCUUAUUGAGAACAGAGCACCACUGUCUGGAAAGGUUGUGAUGAUUGAGAGAGACAAUGGCAGCAUUGUGCCUGCAACUUUUGAAGACAUUAAGCAAGACUUUGCAAUGAAGCAGUGUCUCUUCUUUAGCUCUACCUCUGGUAAGAAGCGUUACAACGUACCCUCCGACAUUGAGACGAGCCUUGAUGUCCUCAGUCAGCAGUCCUGUGACCUGAUAGCCGCGGACGAGGCAGAGGUGGCCAUGUCCUUCCCACCCCUGGCUCACACAUCCCACAUGCCUCUUAACAACUUCAAGGUACUAACUCGGAUCUCCAAAAAACAAGACAUUAUGAACAACACAAUGUUGACCUCAGAUGGCCUUGAUCUAAUGGUUGCAAGGGAACAACAAACACCUUCCAAGUCAAAAAUGUCUUCUGCUCGAGGAGUUUAAGAUGUACCUCUUCACAGAAAUCGUCUACUGCUGUGAAAUCUUUAAUUUAUGCCAAAACACCAUCAAAGGCCUGCAAACAACAGUCGUUUGCUAAGAGAGGCACGCUUUUUACGAAAGCUACACCUGUACCCAAGAAAGGCACACCAGGAAGGCACUGCAAUGGGUCCACUGGUGGUAGUGGGUUCACGCCUGUGAAGCUGCCAGCGGGUCUAGAGGGGGCAGACAGGAGCCUUGCCCUGCCCGGCACCCCCAGCAUGUCCCUGCUGUACUCUCCUUUCAGCUCCUCCAUG